AUGCCGGGCGUGCUCAACCCGCCUACACGGGAUCUCCAGACCAUGGACGCGCCUUUGAUCGCGCGGCUCCUCAGCACCUUGCCGACACACGACUACACGGGUGCACCCCUCGCAAGGCAGUGGGCUGGACUUGCUUGGGCUCAAGGACUCGACACUGCCCUUGCGCGCGCCUUUCUCGUUUCCCGCGACAAGGGGAAGAGCCUGAUCGCCCUUGUGCACUCCAUCAUGUACCUGGACUACACGCUCUGGACCGGGCGUUCAGCGCACACCGCAGUGGUGCGUGACUCUGGCAAGCUGACCCUUCGGCGCGCUCUGGCUGAAGCAGUCGGCAACCCUGCCGUCAACCCGCAGCGCCCGAUCGCCUACUGGGCCACGCACACUGAGCACGGAGGUGCAAUCCCCUUCGGAGUCGCCCGAGAGGAGCACAUAGCUGGGCGUGCGCACGGCAAUAUGGAAGAGUAUCUGCUCAGCAGACUCUCUGGCGAGAGCGCAAGGGGCUUUGCAGAGCGCCAACGUCGACGCGCCGAGAUCUUGCGGUCCGGAACUCUCGUCAGGCUAGCGCCGCUCACCUCUCCUCUGGCGUACGGCGAAGUAGUCCACGACGGCACUCACACGCUGGAGCCGCUCCUUGACUUGCACGGCCGCUACAUCACCUCGGAGCAGCGGACCGACCCGCACAGGGUUUUCGAUCCUCACCACCCGGAUGCCGACCACGCCGGCUUCCGCGCACGCUCGCUCCUCAAGCCCGAACUUGGACGUCGUACGGCAGCAAUCUACGGGGUCAACAGGGAGAGGUGGGCACGGUUGAGAGCGUUCUAG